CGUCGCCCCCUCCAAAGUUGCAUGUUGCUUGCGUUCUUGUGCAACUGCCAGCAAACCCUAAAAACCUUCUCCUUCCCCAACGGCCCCAACAGAUGACGACGAAGCGAGGGGAACGACAUUCUUGGCAAACCUGACCUGCGUCGCGCAACCUAAGUUGGGUGCUUCGUGCUCCGUGUACUCGCAUCGUACGAGGUACUGCGUAACCCAUCUACGUAACCAUUUGUGCUACUCUCUUCGUCCUGUUUGGCCGACUCUACCCAUCCCUUUUGGUUUGCUACGCCUCCUGAGAUCUUCCGGGCCACCUUGCAUGCCAGGACUGCAGCGGCCUGCCAGUCGCCUUUGAAUGCGACCGCCUGGCCUCCCGAUCGCGCAUCCCCGAGAUCCUUUACGCCCCUGCUCGGCAAGAACCCACGCUUCAUCGCCAGUUCGCCCCGCGAGCGACCAUGUCUGACCCCGGUGCUGCUUUCCCCGCGCCCGUACCCGAGCUCGCGCCUACGUCCUCGGCAACGACACCUGCGCCCUCGCCACUUCGCUCGGCCCUCAAAGGUGACGACGAUGCCACCAGGACGCCGCCUGGAAGCUGUACCCUCAAAGCUGUCCAGAUUGCCGAACCUGUCUCUGAACCGCAGCUCGACGAUGAGCCCGCGUGUCUCAAACAAUUUCGCGCCGGCCCGACACGCAGAUUGAGUGGCAAGGCUGCCCCAUCCUCGUCCUCGAAGUCUUCCCUCAACGAAGGCUCUCCAGCGGUGCAUGCCGCCGACGAAGUCGCCCACUCCACCCAGAACCACCACCACCACCAUGCCAACAGCCAGUAUUAUAGUGAAAAGCUUUUGGCCCAGGUCGGCGAAUGGCUGGAGCGUGAGAAGACCAAGGCGGCCCGCAAGCUGAGGCCUCGCCGGCACAAAUCCAAGUCGCCUCCGACUGCCGAGCGGGCCUCUGCGUCUCAGCCCCUGCCUGCGCGCGAGCGGGCGGACUCAAUCGACUCUCAGUCUAGCGACGUCUCGCUGGAUAAGUUGGAGAAUAUUCUGGAGGACUCGAUGCUGCGUCUCGGCUUGAGCUCCCUGCCCAAAUACACCCCCAAGGUAUCCCGCCCCAGGCGCCGUGCAACGUCUCGAGCCUCGCUGCAGCGCGCUGCCUCUUCCGACACCGACUAUGUUGAUGGCGACGCAAUUGUGCCAGAUUGCGACGUCUGGCUCGACAACUCCAAAACUCUGAGCUACACGGGCGGGGCCGCCAGUACCGAUGACCUGGCCGAGAAGGCAGACAAGGAGCGCGAAUGCUGGCUGAGCUUCAAGAAUGAGAUCAUCCGCAUCGCCCACACCCUGAGGCUCAAGGGCUGGAGGCGAGUGCCUCUGGGUGGCGGCGACACCAUCACGGUCGAGCGCCUGAGCGGCGCCUUGACCAAUGCCGUGUACGUGGUCACCCCGCCGGCCGAUAUGCCAGACCUCGACGGCAAGAAGGGCCCGCCCAAGGUUCUUCUCCGCGUCUACGGACCCCAGGUAGAGCAUCUCAUCGACCGUGAGAAUGAGCUCAAGGUUUUGCAGCGGCUGGCUCGUAAGAAGAUUGGCCCGCGUCUCCUCGGGACCUUCAAGAACGGCCGCUUCGAGCAAUUCUUCAACGCCAUUACCCUCCAGCGCAUGGACUUGCGCGACCCGGAAACCUCGAAACAGAUUGCCAAGCGAAUGCGAGAGCUGCACGAUGGCAUCGACCUUCUUCCCACCGAGCGCGAGAUUGGCUCCACUACGUUGAAGAGCUGGGAUCAGUGGCAGGACAACGUCACCAAGAUCAUCACCUUCCUCGAUCGUCAGUUUGAAAAUCAAACCGGCUCAGAGCGUAUGGACUCUGUCGUUCACGCCUGGAAAGCCAAUGGCUACGUCUGCGGCACGCCAUGGCCGUUUUUCAGGGAUACCGUGAUGAAGUAUCGGGCUCACCUGAAGGCUGCGUACAAGGAUGAGAAGACUAUCAAAGAUCGCCUAGUCUUCGCCCACAAUGAUACCCAAUACGGAAACAUCCUUCGCAUUCGCCCUGAUGACGAGAAAUCGCCCCUGUUGCAGGCCGCCAACAAGCACAAGCAACUCAUCGUCAUCGACUUUGAAUACGCAGGUGCCAAUACCCCCGGCCUCGAGUUCGCCAACCAUUUCACCGAGUGGACGUACAACUACCAUGAUGCGGCCACGUCACAUGCGUGCAAUCAGGUCAUGUACCCGACGGUGGAUGAGCAGAAGCGCUUCAUCAAAUCCUACGUCGAUCACCGUCCGCAAUUCCCCAACGCCAGCCUGACGCCUCGAAUUCGCCCCGCCGACAGCACGAGCUCGGCGCCGGCAGCGACGAGCACCGUCGGCACGCCCCCUCUCGUUCCCACGGCGUCGUCGAGCUCCAUCAUCGACUUCAUGCUCGAUGCCCGCGCCCCUCCGGGAGGCUGGAGUGCGGCCGAGCGCGAGUGCGAGGAGCAAACGGAGAGGAAGGUCAAGGAACUCUUGGAGGAGACGCGACUCUGGCGGCCCGCUAACAGCGCGUUCUGGAUCGCGUGGGGCAUCGUCCAGGCCGACGUCCCGGGACUCGACGCCAACAACGAUCCCGUAUCCGCCGAGGAGGCGCUCGCGGCCGAGGAAUCCAUCGCCGCAGACGAGUUUGACUACUUGAGCUACGCGCAGGAUCGCGCCCUCUUCUUCUGGGGCGACGUGGUGCAGAUGGGACUCGUCAGGGAGGACGAGCUACCAGGGACCUUGCGCGCUCGGCUCAAGCUGGUGCCGCGAUGAGCGAGUGUCAGCGAUGUAGCCAAGCCACGAACUUUUCAUGUACGAAUAGCGGUUAUUUGUCAUAUAACAUGGUUGAAUAGGUGUGAAUACUAGCGCAUGUAUUUCUAGC